ACAAACAGAGGGGACGGAGAAAGCAAGACCAAUGGAAUCUCCGAAAAGUUCCUCCCUGGCAGCUUAAUUCAUUUUUGAGACAAAUCCACUUUAACAAUAACGUUGGAGAUGAAAUAUUUCUCGAUGAAGAUAGGGACUUAGCAAUAGGCUAUGACCUCAUCAAUUUGGUGACACUCCCCAAUGAAUCCUUCCAGAGAGUUCAAGUUGGAAGAAUCGAUCCCAAUUUUCAAUUUGGAAAAGAAUUCACCAUUAAUGCAAGUGCCAUUAUGUGGAAUCCCAAGUUUCAUCAGACGGUGCCAAAAUCUACCUGUGUUGAGAGCUGCCAUCCUGGACAGAGCAAACAAAUUCAGCAGGGGAAACAAAUUUGUUGUUAUGAUUGUAUCCAAUGUCCUUCAAGUAGGAUCUCAACACAAAUGGAUGCAGAUGAAUGUGAGCCUUGCCAAGAAGAACAGUAUCCUAAAACAAAUCAGCAGGAAUGCAUUCCCAAAGUAAUGAUUUACCUGUCAUAUAAAGAAGGCCUGGGAGCAGCUCUGACAUCUUUGGCACUUUUUCUUUCUCUGACCACCCUCGUUGUGAUGGCGAUCUUCAGGUUGCACUCAAACACCCCCAUUGUGAAAGCCAAUAACUGGAGCAUCACCUGUAUUCUGCUCGCCUCUCUGUUCCUAUGUUUUCUCUGCUCCCUCUUCUUCAUUGGAAGACCUAGUAAGGUGACUUGCCUUUUAAGGCAGGCCGUAUUUGGCAUCACCUUCUCCGUUGCUGUUUCCUGUGUACUGGCCAAAACAAUCACUGUGGUUCUGGCCUUUGUGGCUACAAAACCAGGGAAUAAGAUGAGGAAAUGGAUGGGGAAGAGGCUAGCAAUCUUGGUCAUUGCACCUUGUUCUUUGAUUCAGAUGGUCAUCUGUGCUGUUUGGUUGGUGAAGAAGCCCCCUUUUCCAGAAUUAGAGAAGCAUUCCCAAGUGGGUGAGAUCAUAGUGCAAUGCAAUGAAGGCUCAGAGACGAUGUUCUACAUUGUGCUGGGCUACUUGGGUCUUCUGGCCGUCAUCAGCUUCACGGUGGCUUUCUUUGCCAGGAAACUGCCUGACAGUUUCAAUGAAGCCAAGUUCAUCACUUUCAGCAUGUUGGUGUUUUGCAGUGUUUGGAUAUCCUUCAUCCCCACCUACUUGAGCACCAAAGGGAAAUUCAUGGUGGCCGUGGAGAUUUUCUCCAUACUAGCCUCUGCUUUUGGUUUACUGAGUUGCAUCUUCCUUCCCAAAUGCUACAUUAUUCUAAUACGUCCUGAAUUAAAUAAGAAGGAGCAAUUGGUAAGGAAAAAUAAUGAUUGACUUUGCUUGAAAAUAAUUAGGAGUGGUAGUUCAGAAAUGGAAGUAUAAGGUUACCAGUGUGGGUGAAAAUUACUAUCCCUUUGAAGAGAUUGAUUCAUCUGUUAGCUGAAUAAUUCAGAAUUAUUGAAUGUUGUGCUUUUUUUUUUUGUUAAAUAAAGAUUUUUCCCCAAACUA